AGAUCCCAGUGAGUGCUAAAUUCAAAUAAAUAGUGUGACCAGUUUGUGUGGGUGUUUCGUUCCUGUAACUGGCAACACCGAUGGAGGAAGAAUGCGAGGAAUCGAUCUUCCCCACCGGCGUGGCGCGGCACCGGCCCGAGCCGCCGGGUGCGCUGGCUCAGUCAACACGCUUCACGCCGCACGAGAUCAAGCUUAUGUACCGAGGGUUUAAGCAGGAGUGUCCAUCAGGCGUGGUGGAUGAAGAGGCUUUCAAGAACAUCUUCUGUCAAUUCUUUCCUCUUGGAGAUGCCACGCAGUACGCCCAUUAUGUGUUCAAGACUAUUAAACACAAGCAAAGCGGAAAGGUGAAUUUUGAGGAGUUCCUCGACAUCCUAUCCCGCGUGGCUCGUGGCUCAGUCCAAGAGAAGCUCUCCUGGGUGUUCACGCUCUAUGACGUAGAUGGAGACGGACGCAUCUCCCGCUCAGAGAUGCUGGCAGUCGUGCAAGCUAUAUACGAACUCUUGGGCAGGGCUGCAGCCCCGCCAGUUCACAGCACGGCCGCUAAGGACCAUGUGGAUAGAAUAUUUCAUCUAAUGGACACGAACUGCGACGGAGUAGUAACACCAGACGAACUAGCGCGCUGGUGCAGCCGCGACCCCGCACUGCUCAGCUCGCUCGACACCAUGGACACUGUGUUGUGAUCCACAGCCCGCAGCGCCGAACACAGGUCAGACUCGGCGCGUGCUUCCUGCUCAACAGCAGCUGACAACUGUUCCCCCUCCCCUUCUGGCCUCCCCACCAACCACUCCAUCACCUUCACCCCCCAAAUAGACAAGGACAGAACCAGCAUCGAAAGCUACGCUCCACAACUGCAUCACCAUACGAAAGAAAGAGAAAGAAGUAUCGCUGAAAGCUUCGCUUCAGUGGAAACGCAUGUAGACAGAGAUAAAAGUAUUGUUGAGAGUGAGUGUGAGAGCGGGAUAGAGAGUGGUGCGGCUAGUUCGUCUACAAGUGGAGUGAAGAGUGUGGUUAGCUCUGGGAUUGGUAGAAGUGAGGAGGAGAGAGAUAGAGUGGAAAAGAAAGAAGAGAAGAAGAAGCAGCCGCCGCCUGUACCUGCUAGAGUUACUGCUUGUAUAACUGAAGAGACAGUCCAACGCAAGGUAAAGCGGCGCCCUCGAAGAUCCAGCUCGCCACAACUACCACGGUGAAGCAGACCUUAUGUCAACAGCCAUAAGGUUCACUUUCCUUCAAACGUGCUUAUGAUUACUACG